AUGCCUAGUAUUAAUGAAAAAGGAAAGAAGAAAUUAGCACCUGAAAAGGAAAGGUUCAUUCAAUGUUGUGGAGAUGUUUCUUUAGAAUUGGUUUCAUCUUUGAAAUCAUCUAAAGAUAUUAAUUUGAAUGGAUUAAUAGGUAGAUAUGCUAAGAAGUAUAAAUUAAAGCAACAACCUAGAUUAACUGAUAUUAUAUCGUCAAUUCCUGAUCAAUACAAGAAAUAUUUAAUUCCAAAAUUGAAAGCUAAACCUGUCAGAACUGCUUCAGGUAUUGCUGUGGUAGCAGUUAUGUGUAAACCUCAUAGAUGUCCUCAUAUUGCUUAUACUGGGAAUAUUUGUGUUUAUUGUCCUGGAGGACCUGAUUCAGAUUUUGAAUAUUCAACUCAAUCAUAUACUGGAUAUGAACCAACUUCCAUGAGAGCCAUUAGAGCAAGAUAUGAUCCUUAUGAACAAGCAAGAGGAAGAGUCGAACAAUUGAGACAAUUAGGUCAUUCAAUUGAUAAAGUUGAAUAUAUCAUUAUGGGAGGGACCUUCAUGUCAUUACCUGUCGAUUAUAGAGAAGGAUUCAUCACUCAAUUACAUAAUGCUUUAACAGGAUUUAACGGACACAAUUUAGAUGAAUCAAUAGCAUUUUCUCAACAAUCACAAACUAAAUGUGUGGGUAUCACCAUCGAAACUAGACCUGAUUAUUGUACAUCCAAUCAUUUGAGUGAUAUGUUACGUUAUGGAUGUACCAGAUUAGAAAUUGGGGUCCAAUCAUGUUAUGAAGAUGUUGCCAGAGAUACUAAUAGAGGUCAUACAGUUAAAGCAGUUUGUGAAACUUUUGCUGUUGCUAAAGAUGCUGGUUAUAAAAUUGUUAGUCAUAUGAUGCCUGAUUUACCUAAUGUUGGUAUGGAAAGAGAUUUAGAACAAUUUAAAGAAUAUUUCGAAAAUCCAGCUUUCAGAACUGAUGGUUUAAAGAUUUAUCCUACCUUAGUUAUUAGAGGUACUGGUCUUUAUGAAUUAUGGAAAAAAGGUCUUUAUAAAUCAUAUAAUCCUAAUGCAUUAAUUGAUUUAGUUGCUAGGAUUUUAGGAUUUGUUGCUCCUUGGACAAGAAUUUAUAGAGUUCAAAGAGAUAUUCCCAUGCCGUUAGUUAGUUCAGGGGUUGAAAAUGGUAAUUUAAGAGAAUUAGCUUUAGCCAGAAUGAAAGAUUUCGGUGUUAGUUGUAGAGAUGUUAGAACUAGAGAAGUUGGUAUUCAAGAAGUUCAUAAUAAAGUUAUACCCGAUCAAGUUGAAUUGAUUAGAAGAGAUUAUUAUGCUAAUGGAGGUUGGGAAACCUUUUUAAGUUACGAAGAUCCAAAACAAGAUAUUUUAAUUGGUUUACUAAGAUUAAGGAAAGCCAGUAAGAAAUACACUUAUAGAAAAGAAUUCACAUCUCAACCAACUUCCAUAGUUAGAGAAUUACAUGUUUACGGAUCAGUUGUUCCUUUACAUUCAAGAGAUCCAAGAAAAUUCCAACAUCAAGGGUUUGGUACUUUAUUGAUGGAAGAAGCUGAAAGAAUUGCUAUUGAAGAACAUGGUUCAAGAAAGAUCAGUGUUAUCGCUGGUGUAGGGGUCAGAAAUUAUUAUGCUAGAUUAGGUUAUGAAUUAGAUGGUCCUUAUAUGUCUAAAAUGAUUGGUGAAGAUGAUGAAGAUUGA